UAGCACAAGGGCCUCAUCUUUCCUAUAAAUAUGCGUUUGUGCUGUCCUUAUUUUUCACAAUUCUAUUCUCCUUAUUCAUCACAAUUUUGUUCAUGGUGAGAUGGAGGAUAAAAACAAGGAUCAUAGCGUGACCGACAUUGACUCGAAUGAUUUGAGGCAGCAUUUUCAAUUCGCACAUGCGAUUGCUGUAGCCAUGGGGAACAAUUGUCCUACUGCUGAGUGGCAUUCUUGGAAAGAUGUGCCCAAGAAUGCGAAGAAGGCCGUGAUGGAAGAAUUAUUAGGUAAAUAUACUCUUGAUGAUGAUACGAACGAACAGGUGAUGAAGUUGACGGAGGAUGCAUUGGAGGGAGGAUACCAUAGGUGGCGUUAUGAAGUCCAGCGGAAUGGAGGACCAUCGAAAUAGCAGUUUUAAAUUUAUGUUUUGUAUGACAAUAUUUAAAUUUAAGGGGUUUUUUUUAUAAGUUAUGUAUUUGAACUUAAUUAUGGUUUA